UUGUUAUUGUUUGCCAAGUACUUUAUCAGAUAAGAAUAUUAUGUCACUAUCACUAUCAUUAUUGGUUGCGUUUAAAAAAACCGCGUGAUGAAAUUCAUACUUGUUUUCAAGUGGCUGAUAUGUGAGUAUAAUUAUUUUAGUUAAUGCCACUCCUUGAAUAUGUAAAUUUAAGUAUUGCCAAUUAAAUCAUCGUGAGUUAACGAAUCGCUGAUAAAGUUGAAACAAGAACUUGUGACUUGUUCAGUUAAUAUUAACAUAUGUAUGGAUAUAUAUAGAUGACUGAAGUGUGCUGUAAAAUUUAACCUGUACAAUCAGACGACGUAUGUAAAUAGUUAUUCUUGUUUUUUAAGGAAAGAAUCAUGGUUUUCGCCAUAAAUAGGGCCGGUUGUUUGCUUCUCCGUGUAAGCACGGGUUCAAGAAGUAAUUACAAAAAUUUAAAACUUUCAAGGAUAUGCUCAGUUAAUUUUUCUAUCAAAACUGAUAUCCCAGAAGUACCGGAGGAACCAAAACUAAUUCCACCAGUGGGCGAAGGAAAAGUGUUUAAAAGUGUGGAUGAAGUAAUAUCAGAUAUGCCAGAUGGUGCCAAACUCUUGGUUGGUGGAUUUGGACUUUGUGGCAUUCCUGAAAACUUAAUUGCUGCUACAUUGAAAAGAGGCGUGAAAGAUUUAACUGUUGUUUCAAAUAAUGCAGGAGUCGAAGAUUUUGGAUUAGGUAUACUUUUAAAGCAGCAAAGGAUCAAGAGAAUGAUUGCAUCCUAUGUUGGUGAAAAUCCUGAAUUUGAGAAACUAUAUCUCAGUGGUAAACUAGAAGUUGAAUUAACACCACAGGGAACAUUAGCAGAACGUAUUCGUGCAGGUGGGGCUGGUAUACCAGCUUUUUAUACCCCAACUGCAUAUGGAACCAUAAUUCAAGAGGGUAAUGUAGUCAUCAAAUAUGGUGAAGAUGGAAAUGCAGAAAUAUCUGGUAAACCAAGAACUGUAGCACAGUUUGAUGGAAGAAACUUUGUAAUGGAAACUGCGAUCACAGGGGAUUUUGCUCUGAUAAAAGCUUGGAAAGCAGAUAAAGCUGGGAAUUUAAUCUUUAGGAAAUCGGCUAGAAAUUUCAAUCCAGUCAUGUGCAAAGCAGCAAAAAUAGCUAUUGCAGAGGUAGAAGAAAUUGUAGAAGUGGGUGAAAUAGAUCCUGACCAUGUUCAUUUGCCUGGUAUUUUUGUGGAUAGAAUUGUGAAAGGACCAGCUUAUGAGAAACGAGUAGAGAAACGAUAUACCAAACAAAACAUGAAGCCCAAGAAGGUAACACCAGCAAGUAAAGCGAGGGACAGGAUCAUCAGACGUGCCGCGCUUGAAUUUAAGAACGGAAUGUAUGCCAAUCUUGGAAUUGGCAUUCCGAUGCUCGCCUGUAAUUAUAUUCCUAAAAAUGUGAAGGUGACUUUGCAAUCAGAAAAUGGUAUACUAGGUCUGGGUCCUUUCCCAGAUGACGAUAACGUUGAUCCAGACCUGAUCAAUGCUGGAAAAGAGACAGUCACAGUCGCACCAGGUGCUUCCUUCUUUAGUAGCGACGAUAGUUUCGCCAUGAUCCGAGGAGGACACAUUGAUUUAACCAUGCUCGGAGCUAUGGAAGUAUCAGAGACCGGAGAUCUGGCCAAUUGGAUGAUUCCAGGAACAAUGGUGAAGGGAAUGGGCGGAGCUAUGGAUUUAGUUUCUGCAGCAAGUACAAAAGUAGUGGUCACCAUGGAACAUAAAGCUAGAAACGGAAGCCCUAAGAUUGUGAAGAAUUGCACGUUACCCGUAACAGGUCAACAAUGCGUAGACUUAAUAAUUACGGAUAUGGCCGUGUUUGAAGUGAUCAAAGGAGAAGGACUGAGAUUAACUGAAAUUGCGCCUAAUGUCGACAUAAGCGAAAUUGUUAGCUCUACUGGCUGCGAAUUUUCAGUAGCCGAUGACCUUAAAGAAAUGGCUCAAGUAGAAAAAGACGAUUGCCAAUAAGGAGAUUCUUAAUUACAAAUAUUCUCAAUUAUGGAUAACAUCCACGAACAAUUUAAUAAGCUUGCUUCGUUAAUAAGUUUACAACACGCAGCAAGAGGGAAUUUAUACAUACUUAAUUAUUCAUGAAUACGUAUCUUUAAGGGCUGUAUAGUUUACUGUAAAUCAAUUUCCUGCAAGCGGUAGCUAGGUUUUAAUAUAAUUUUGUAAUAUACACAAAUAAAAUAUAGUUUAUUUCGAAGAGAA